GCAAACCCUUCUCGCUCUUAGUGCCAAUAAUGACCACUUUAUCACAUCCCUUCAAAGACAGUCCGGAGCCGCUGGAAGUGCCCAAAGAGCAUGCCGCCAACGUGAACACUCUGUACGAAUGGAUGAAAGAUCAGCCACGCUUUCCGAGCUUUUCGAAAAAUCAUGCACACCUCUUCCUGCACGCCUGCCUCUGGAACAUGGAGGACGCAAAGAAAGCGCUCCAAAAGUAUGCCCAGAUUCAUGCCAACUCGCCGGAAAUAUUCGACAACCGAGAUAUUAUGGGAUCGGGUGUGCAGAUGACACUGAACGCCACACACAUGGUAGCUCUUCCACGUACAACACCGGAAGGCUAUCGGUUGCUGUACUAUCGCCUGUCCGAUACCGACCCGUCCAAGAUGAACUUUACCGAGGCAGUGAAGUCAUUCUGCAUGUUUAACGACGCCCAAAUCAGCGUGGACGGCAUCAUGGAGGGUUACAUCGUCAUCUUCGAUAUGAAGGGCGUCCGGUUGGGACAUUUGGCGCGCGUCCAGUUCGGUCCGCUGCGUGUGUUCAUGAACUACAUCCAGGACGCGCAUCCGGUACGGUUGAAGAAGAUCUACAUCGUGCACACGGCUUCGUUUAUCAACCAGGUGAUGGCACUGGUGAAACCGUUGAUCAAGUCGGAACUGCUCGGACUGCUGCAGUUCACGACAUCCGGGCCGGAAGAGAUUGUCGGCGUCGAUUAUUUGCCAAAGGACUUUGGAGGACCGUUCGAGGAGGUGGCCACAAUGCACGCGGAGCAGAAAAAGCGCCUGGAAACGGAGUACCGUGACUGGUUGAUGGAUUCCAGCGUACUGAAGGAAGCUCCCAAGCAGAAAAAUGCUAGCGCCAACGCAAUUAAGCCACCGGUGAAAGCGUUUCGGGGGUUAGAGAUCGACUAG